UCAUUUUCUUUCUUUCUAACCAAUAGUUUAGCUCGUUCAAAAAAAAAAACCAAUAGUUUAGCUUGGAUUGGGUGAAGCCAUGAAAUAUGGAUCCAGAAUUCUCUCCCCUGCAGUCCUUGGAUUCCUCAACUCCCCGCCACCAUAUUUGGACAAAUAUUAUCAAUUGAGCUUUGAGUAAUAAUUAUUUUUAAUUCUUCUCAACUCUCACCUGCAACCUGAUAAUAUUUUUUAUUAUAAUGAGAAUAUUUUAAUUAUUCAUUUUAUUAAACAUGGAUGAGUUGGAAAAAGGGAAGGAAAGAAAAACAACAGUCAAGUAGAUUUGUCUAUGACUAUGAGAGUAUGAGUUUUACUUCCCAGUCAACCUUAUUGUCAACAAAUUAUUCUUCCCCAUUUUGUUGAACUUUGUCUAGUCAUUACUGUUAAAAUGUCUUUCUUGUUUUGCUUAUGAAUAUGAUGAUGAUUGAACUUGUUCCAAUCAUUCUUCACCCCGAAUGGGAACUUCCUCAGGGAAGUAAGUUGGUGGAGCUAAUUUCUAAGAAUAGUAAUAAUAAGUGAUUAUUGGUUUAUCCGAUUUUGAUAUUGAACAGAUAUCGUAAAACUCUCAACAUGUGACACUCGUUAUUUGUUUUGUUUGUUUAAGUUUACAGUUGUUUAUCGAAAAACUCACUUUUUGAUAUAUCUAUCCGUUGGUUGGACAGGUGUUGAUAUCAUGUUUAUGACGUCUGAUUAUGUGCUUUCUCAUCGUAUUAUAUUGUUCAGUUCAUCGAAUCAAAUGUUAAAAAAAGAGAGGUACUUAUGUAUUCACAUUUUGUACACAAACAUUAAUGUCAAUCCCUAACUCUAACAAUUGGAGUGACAUAAUCACGUACUUACCGUCUACCUCAUUCAACAACCUGGAUACAAUUACCAGCUAAAAUGAAAAAAAAAACAAAAAAAAAAAAACAUGGUCCAUGAAACCGUACCAGAGAUCGUAUCGGAAAAGUCAACAGUAGGGUAUUUUAUGGUAAAACCGUGAAUAAACCAUAGUUCAACCAUUAAUACCGUUAAAUACCGCUUAUUGAUUUAGUCUCCGAUACUGUUAUUUUGUGGUCGAACCACUACGGUUUAAUGGACCAUGAAAAAAAAAAAAAAUUGGGAGUACACGAACACAUGUUGCUGCCAUUCUUACAGCUGUCUAUAUACCUUCCAUCUCUCCCUAAGCUCACCACCGAAAGGAAAACAAAAAGAAGGAAAGGAAAUGAAAUGAACUUGUAGGAGAAUUCUUGCUCCCUCUUCUCUGCUUCCCUUCUCUUCUAGAGGAAGCCCUUCUGACAGUACAAAAAAACAUCUCCUCUAGCUGCCGCCUCCCCCACAAUGUGCUUCUUGUAAGUAUUAUCUGUUAUAGCUGUUCAUCCUCCACUGCCUGCACUUUCCCAGUCGGUGGAGUGAGCUUUCAUGGAUCUACUGCUUCCUUCAUUUCUGCAACUUCCGGAAAUGGGUUUCGUUCUUUUCCUAGUUUUGGGAUCUGGGUUCUGAAAAUAUUCGUGUUUUCCUUCUUGGGUUUUCUGGAUGCUGGUCCCUUUUUUAAUUUUUACUUGAUUUAGUUAAAAAAAAAGGACAGUGAGUGAGCGAGUGAGUAAGUACAGAAGCAACAAAGAGGGAGAAAGGGGGGAAAAAGAGCACAGAAAUGGCUCCAAGGUUAGGUUUUUCGGUGCUGAUGGGGAAGGAGAGCAAGAAUGGUGGAGGAACUCCGGUGGUGGUGAAAAUGGAGAACCCAAACUACUCGGUAGUUGAAAUCGACGGCCCCGAUGCUGCAUUCCGGCCGGUGGACAAGAGCAGAGGCAGAAACGCGAAGCAAGUCAGAUGGGUUUUGCUUCUCAAAGCUCACCGCGCCGUCGGCUGCGUGGCCUGGCUCGCCGGUCUCUUCUGGGCAUUGCUUGGAACCAUCAAAAAGCGCCUCUUUUUCAGGGAAGGGGUCACAGUCGCCACUGAGAAGCUCGGCAAAGGGAAGUUGGUCCUUCGUGUUAUCAGGGUUUUCUUAGUCACUUCUCUGGUAAUUUUGGGGUUUGAAGUUGCUGCUUAUCUCAAAGGCUGGCAUUAUUUCGAGGCGUCUGCUGCUGCUGAAUAUCUUCAUCGGAUUCCAAUGGCUGCUCCCAAUUUGCUGCACAUGGUCUAUGUUGCUUGGCUGAAUUUUCGAGCCGAUUACAUCGCACCAGCCAUUAUGGGUCUCUCCAAUUUCUGCGUCGCUCUGUUCCUUGUGCAGUCUGUGGACCGUUUGGUGCUCUGUUUAGGUUGUUUGUGGAUCAAGUUUAAGAGGAUUAAGCCAGAGAUUCGGGGAGGAGAUCCCUUCAAGUCUCCAGAUAUUGAGGCCUUGGAUUAUAAGUGCCCCAUGGUUCUUGUUCAAAUUCCAAUGUGUAAUGAGAGAGAGGUGUAUGAUCAGUCAAUCUCUGCGGUUUGCCAGCUCGAUUGGCCGAAAGACAGGAUCUUGAUCCAAGUUCUUGAUGAUUCGGAUGAUGUGGACAUCCAGUGGUUAAUUAAAGGAGAGGUUGAUAAAUGGAGACAAAAGGGGGUCAACAUUAUCUAUAGGCAUAGGCUGCUUAGAACUGGUUACAAAGCUGGAAACCUCAAUUCAGCAAUGGGCUGUGAAUAUGUCAAGGAUUAUGAGUUCGUUGCAAUUUUUGAUGCUGACUUCCAGCCUAACCCUGACUACCUCAAGCUGACCGUGCCACAUUUUAAGGACAAUCCUGAACUGGGGCUGGUUCAGGCGAGAUGGUCAUUUGUGAACAAGGAUGAAAAUUUGCUGACUCGUUUACAGAACAUCAAUCUGUGUUUCCACUUCGAGGUUGAACAGCAAGUUAAUGGUGUCUUCAUGAAUUUCUUUGGCUUUAAUGGAACUGCUGGUGUUUGGAGAAUCAAGGCCCUCGAGGAAUCCGGUGGAUGGCUCGAGAGAACAACUGUCGAGGACAUGGACAUCGCUGUUCGUGCCCAUCUCAAUGGCUGGAAAUUCAUCUUCCUUAAUGAUGUCAAGGUCCUCUGUGAACUUCCUGAGUCCUAUGAAGCUUAUAGAAAACAGCAGCAUCGCUGGCAUUCCGGCCCAAUGCAGCUUUUCCGCUUGUGUCUUCCUGCAAUAGUAACAUCCAAGAUAGCAUUAUGGAAGAAGGCAAACUUGAUAUUCCUCUUCUUCCUACUGAGAAAGCUAAUCCUGCCAUUCUAUUCCUUCACACUAUUCUGCAUAAUCCUCCCACUGACCAUGUUCGUCCCAGAAGCCGAACUCCCACUGUGGGUCAUCUGUUAUGUCCCCAUCGUAAUGUCGUUCAUGAACAUCGUUCCAGCUCCCAAAUCUUUCCCUUUCAUCGUCCCUUACCUUCUUUUCGAAAACACAAUGUCUGUCACCAAGUUCAACGCGAUGGUCUCCGGGUUAUUCCAGUUGGGAAGCUCUUAUGAAUGGGUCGUUACGAAAAAGGCUGGCAGGUCAUCAGAAUCAGACCUACUGGCUGCUGCUGAGAGGGAAUCGAAGCCCUCGAUGAUCCAGCCUCAGUUACACAGAGGAGCUUCAGAAAGUGAGAUUGGGCAGUUGAGUUUACUGCAGGAGAAGGCAGAAUCAGUGUCGAAACCGAAGAAGAAGGUGAACAAAAUAUACAGGAAGGAGUUGGCUCUAGCAUUCCUAUUGCUCACAGCUUCAGUCAGGAGCUUGUUGUCUGCUCAAGGAGUCCAUUUCUACUUCCUUCUGUUCCAAGGUGUGACCUUCCUCUUGGUCGGUUUGGACCUCAUUGGAGAGCAAAUGAGCUGAGAGAAGCUUUGGAAGAUGCAUGCAUGCAUACAAGGAAGGCAGCCCUUUUUCCCCUACUACUACUCUCUGCAGAUUCAUCUUGUUGGUAUCUGGCUGGCUGCAACAAAAAGGAAGUAGUACUUUCUCGUUCCUUUUUUUUAACUUGAAUAAAUGCAAAUUUCUGUCUCUCCCACAUUUAGUUUGAAGACAUUUUUAGGAUUCUUAUAAUUCUUUUUUCCACCUCCGCCCAUUUCCUCUUAUGAACACAACAGCAUAUCAUUAUCACCUCUUUGAUUUGUUUUUAUUUCUUAUAGGAGGGUUUUCUUCUAGCCUUUUAUUUGAAUUCAAGUGAUCAUUGGUUGUUGUUGGCUGUCAUAGACAGUGAUUCUAGUGGAGUUUAGAUUCAAGUAAACGAUCUGGGGCAGCUGUAAAAAACCAGGGGAAAAAAAUACAGUUAAAAGAGUGAGGUCCAGGUUAUGAGAUUGCUUUCCUUCCUCCUGUAGUGUUUUGUAAGGGAGAUGGUAUCAGACUCUGUAAGAUAACACUUUUGUGAUGUAAAUUCGAAAUUCUUCCACCCGUUUUAUUGAUUUGUUUCAUAUAACAGCACAUAAUCAUGUUUGUCAUAUCUGUAUCUCUGCAUGCUCUUCAUUUCUCUGCAACAAAGUGCAAUCAGCCCUGCUAUGAUAUGACCAGCCCUGAAGAGAAAGUAACUUCAUGGGUUUUUCCCAGAUUGCUCCAUGGAUUCCUCGUGAGGGAAAAGGGUAACACGUUGGGAACUCCAUGGAUGAAAAAUGAACCACUUUGGAAGUUACAGAAAUCAGUCAGCUGUCUUAUAUUUAAUACCAGCUUUAAGGUAAAGGAAAGGACAAGAGGGAAAAGGAAAGUGUCGGCAGGGGAAGGCAAAAGGAGGUAAAUUUGUGUUGUGGUGGCUGAGGUUUGAGUUGGUGUAGCAAUCAAAGAGCACUUGACUGAAAGGUUACUGGUAGUUGUAUUAAGCAGAAAAGGGGGACCUUUCUUUUUUCCAUUGUUUAUGGAAGGAAGGAGACAAUCGAUCUUUUGUGGGCAUAUGAUGAUUCUUGUGUUCUUUUAUAUUGGGCUGGUGGGUCGCUGGCUGGCUCAUAAUUAAGAAACAACAACACAGCAGAAACGAUCACUCUUUGUCUGAACUUGACAUUCUACCGGUUUUCCAACGUGUCUGCUUGUGCUUCUGUUUGUUGCUAUUACUCUUCUUUUUUGUUUCGCCUACUCAAUUACGCUCUGUUUGGCAACAAGGGGGGUGCAAAUUGUAGGAGGGUGCAAGUUGAGGUGCAAAUUGUUGGGGGGUGCAAAUUGCUGGGGGGUGCAAAUGGAGGGGUAAAUUGUUGUUUGGAUGAAAAAGUAGGGGGGUGCAAAAUGAUGUAAGAAAGAGUUUUAGAUUAUUAUAUAUAAAGAGUAAAUAUAAUAAUAUGAAUGUUAUAUUAUACAUAGGUAGUAAAAUACGGUACGCGAAAGUUGUGUAUAAAAUACGUACGGAUAUUUUACUUCGUCUCUAACCGAAUGUUACGUUUAACAGUCAUAAAUAUAUAUAAAAAAUUUAUUUUAAAAUUAAAUAAAUAUAUAAAUAAUAUUAAAUUGAACAAUUUAAUUCAUUAAAUACGGAUAUUAAACGUGUUAUACGGGUUUUAUACGCGUUGAGUACGGGAGCCAUCAAAUGAACGAAAAUAAACGAAACGGCUUCACAAUAAUAUGGAUACAGAAGUUUUAAACAGAUACAAUAUGUACGAGUACAUAUACGUAUAUUAAACGGAGUAUUUACUUACUAUGAUAUUAUACUUAUGGUAUCUUACUAGUGAUAAAAUAAUACGUAUCUCAUGAA